UCGUGGGACGCGGAGGCCAGGACGCUACUCUGCACGCUGCCGAGUGAGCCGGCGUCUUGGCCCUGGGUGGGCUGCGUAGAAAAUGGUGCAAUCUGAGAGCAGCUGACCGUACUUGGGCAAAGCAGACACGGUGCGAGAGCGCCGGGCUCAGGUGGCAGGGAAGGGGCGGGUUGUUUUGAAGGGCUGGGCCUCUGUGUUCAGUGCCUGCAGUAUUUUCUUUGCACCUGGGCGGCACGUUCCCGGGCUCCACGGGAGCCAGAUGAAGUGAGGCGGCGGCACGAGAGAGAGGCGGGCCUGGAGGAGGCCGGGCGGACACUCCAAGAAGAAGACGGCGCAGAGGCAGGCGGCAUGACGCCCGGGGGACUGGCUGCCUGGCGGGCUGCGCGCCGAGAUCGUGCGACCUGUCCAUGGUGUUGAAGGCGCCGCGCGCCCAGCUCCGCGCAUCCCGUGCCGUGCGCCCUGCCGGGUGCGCCUUCCUCGGCUCAGCCUACCCCUUGCUCCAGCCAGCUGCCCCCCAGUCGCCACAAACCCCGGGCCACGGUUCGUCGGGUAACGCCGUCCGGCCCGAGGGGAGGCUUGAAUGGCUAGGCCAAAGGCAGAACCAGGAGCUCGCUACGAAAGGUCGGCCAAGACCGUGCGCCCACGGGGAGCCCACCUCUGAGCGCAGCGUGCUGGCCAGACAGAGCAAGGGACCUGCUGGUGACCGGAGGACGGAGAUUUCUAAAAGACCCGACUCAGAAAAAAACAUUUCUUGGCAGACCGGAAGGGGGAGAGUCGCUGAGAGGGAGACAUAGGCGAGACUCGGGCAGCCAGCCUGGCAUCUAGAGGUUUCCUUCGCGGACCGGCCGCUUCGCGGGGGUUCAGUGCAUCCUGUCAUUGAGUAGCGCCUCCUGACUGCCCGCCCUCACCCCAAGAAAGCUGGGUGAGUGGGCCCCGUCGUCGCCUUCACAGAGAAAGCCCAGCAACCCCAUUGCAGUCGAGGGCACUUGGUGUUUAGUUUCCGGCCGGAGGGCUGCGGCGCCCGGAGCUGUGUGCGGAUUCGGCCGGUUCCGAGCAAUCGCUGCCUGCGGGGCAGAGAGGGACGGGGGAGGCGGCCUCGCCUUGCUCACUGCCGCCCGAGGCUGUACCUGCCCCGGAGGAUGCCCAGGAGCCCGCCAGAGCCCCUCCGGAUCAGAACUUUGUAGGCUGCCCGCCCCCACCCCAGUACUCCCGGAGCCGCGCGCAGGCAGGCGGGGGGCGACGGGUAGCCGCCGCGAGUCCCCUCCUGCCCCCCUCCCCCCUUUGGCUCGGCCGCCCGCCGCUUUGUUCCGGGCGCGCGGAGGGAAGGCGAAGCUGCGGCGGAUCAUGCCCAUGGUGUAGCCGCGAAGCGGAGGCAUGGCUGCCGGAAGGUUACUGCUCUACACGGGCCUCUCGCUAGCGCUCUGCGCCCUCGGCAUGCUGGCCGUGGCCAUCUGCUCGGACCACUGGUACGAGACGGACGCCAGGAAGCACAGGGAGAGGUGCAAGGCCUUCAACACCCGCCGGAUCGAUCCUGGCUUCAUUUACAACAACAACAACAACUUGCCGCUCCGGGCGAGCCGCUCGCGCCUGGACCGCUGGGAGGGCAAACUCCUCCGGGCCCGGAACCGCAGGCAGCUCUUCGCCAUGAGCCCCAUUGACGAAUGCAGCCGGCAGUACAACUCCACCAACAUGGGCCUCUGGAGAAAGUGCCACCGGCUGGGCUUCGACCCGGAGAUCGCCGCUCUCAUUCGUAAAGGAGAAAUUGAACGAUGCACAUACAUCAAGUAUCACUACUCCUCAGCCACCAUCCCAAGGAACCUCACUUUCAACAUCACGAAGACCAUCCGCCAGGAUGAGUGGCACGCCCUGCACCUGCGCAGGAUGACAGCCGGCUUCAUGGGCAUGGCGGUGGCCAUCAUCCUCUUCGGCUGGAUCAUCGGCGUGCUGGGCUGCUGCUGGGACCGAGGCCUUAUGCAGUACGUGGCCGGGCUUCUCUUCCUCAUGGGAGGAACCUUCUGCAUCAUAUCACUGUGCACCUGUGUGGCCGGGAUCAACUUUGAGCUGUCACGCUACCCUCGCUACCUGUAUGGACUCCCCGAUGACAUCAGCCAUGGCUAUGGAUGGUCCAUGUUCUGAUGUCACCAAACCUUCGAGGCCAUGGCAGAACCACUCCUCCUCCUGCUCUUCCUGUCCUGGUUCCCUCCGGCCCACCAGUGACACACCAGAAGUGGAGGAGAGAACAAAGCAAGAAGGGAGUUUUCUCUUUGCUGCCAAACUUUUGGACAAAGUUCUAGAGGUGGGAAGGGGGAGAGAACAACAUGCUGAGAGGCAAGAUCUGCAUCAAUGAGAGGACACUUCAGCGGAUGCUCAGAAAACCCAGUCUUACCUUCCAGCUGCCUUACACCGCGUUCAAUAAGAGGCCGCCCUGCCCCAACCCCACCUGCACUCCCUGGGCAGCCGGAGCCUUGGAGUGAUGCUGUGAUGUGUGUGUGCGCGUGUGUGUGCGUGCGUGCGUGUGUGUGUGUGUGUGUGUGUGUGUGUGUGUGUGUGUGAAACUACUUUGGGUGGUUCCCUUUCUUCCUUUUCACCUUUUAAAAUGGAAAUACUGCAUUCUGACUGUUGUCUCUCUAUCCAUUGGGAUGGUUUCAGGGCCCAGCACAGAGGCCCAGAGGCCAGGAAGACAAUGAGGGGCAGGCCCACGUGGGUGCCAGUUCUGCAGCUUCUGGUCCCUGGAGUGUGUGUGUGGCGAGUGUUUGCUGAGUGUGGGUUUUGUCGUGUGUGUUGCAUUUUUCUAUUAUUUUUAGUGCAGCUGAAAUUCCCAGAGGGCAGAACCGAGAACACCACCACUGGGCCGAGGACCCUGUGGGUCUUCACACCCCGGUCCUUGGACACCCCAGGCUCCAGUCCCGUCAUUUCAGAAGUUCACGACUCAUCUGGGCACAGGAGCUAUGAGCAGAGAGGGGGACACGGUUCAAGAGGAAGGAGGAAUGUGCCCUCCACUGCUGUUGCACAAGUUUGUCCACCAAACAAGACCGUUUGCUCCCCAGCCUGGAAGCUGUCCUUCGUCACUGGACAUCUACCACUUCCCUCGCGGCGACUUCUGUACAGAUGAAAGAAAAUGGGUCAUGUGCAGGGAGAGCUCCUCCAUGUCCCAUGGGCUCCAGUUUGUAUGAUAUUGUGUAAAUUAAUGGAGAACUCUUGACUCUUCCCAACCUUUUCCUUUCCCUCUUGAUAGUCAAGGCCAUGAAUCCCCAAAUAGCUGUCACGGUGGCCAGCAGCCAAACAGAGGUGGCCUAAAUCCAGCCGGUGUUUCAGGCUCACUUGAGCCCGUUGGCACACUGCAGCUGAUGGGCCACAAAGUCAGCUGUAGGGGCAGGAGUCUGCCAGAUGGAGUGGGCAGGAGCAGCUGGCAGCCACCUCAGUGACCCUGCUGGGGCGGAGCAGCCCUGGGGAGUCCAGGAGAGUGUCCCCGAGCUCUGCAGCCAUGGGUCAGCCAUGCAGCUGAGAAUUCCGUUG